AUGUCUACAUAUCUUUUCUUUGUGGGAAAUGUUUCUUGUACUUCUUUAUCUAAUCUGCAUGUUUGGUUUGAUAGUGAGUUUGGAGCAAAAGUUGUGCCUCCAAAGAGGAUAUUAAAGAUGUUGCCUGAGCUAUUUGACCAUCAAGAUCAAAAUAUUGGAAAGGACCCUGUAAAAUCAAUAUUAUUUGAGAAAAUGAGGGACACAAUGAAAAGAGAAUUGGAAGCCGAGCUGGUGAAUGUAACAGGGGCAGCUAGGCCAUGUCACAAAAUAAGGUCUGAGCAAGACAAGGAGCCAGAAAAGGAGGUUGUAUCUGAAGUUGUGGGUGCUGGCCCAUCUGAGGAAUCUACAUCUGAUGAGAUGUUGGAAAUAGAUGAGUAUGAGCUCGUUGAUCCGGUUGAUAUAUUGGCUCCUUUAAAGAAGUCUGGAUUUUGGGAUGGAGUGAAAGCAACCAAGUGGUCAGAACGGAAAGAGGCUGAUGCAGAGCUAACCAAGCUUGCUUCAACAAAAAGAAUAGCACCCGGUGAUUUCUCAGAAAUCUAUCGGACACUAAAAAAGCUCAUAACAGAUGUUAAUAUCGCUGUAGCAGUUGAGGCAAUUCAAGCUAUUGGCAAUCUUGCUCGGGGUUUAAGAACUAAUUUCUCUGCAAGUUCACGCUUCCUAUUGUCAGUUUUGCUGGAAAAAUUGAAAGAGAAAAAACCUGCCUCUACUGAUGCACUAAAUCAAAGUCUUCAGGAAAUGCAUACAGCUGGGUGCUUAAGUCUAGCUGACAUUGUGGAAGGUGGUAAUUUUGAUUUUGCCCAAACUGUAAUGGAUGUUGUCUAUUGCCGAUAUUAA